AGCGUCACGUCAUCGUCUCGAGGACUUUAGCUUGGUGCGCGCUUACAAUUGCAUUGCAAAUAUUAUACCGAGAGUACACAUCACGAUUGGGUACCAAAAUGGCCGCCACCUGAGAAUCAAUAUUGUUAUUUUUUUUAUUUACGCCGAGUAAAUAGAAUUGAUUUUCGUUCGGUUGAUUUUUGUUAGUGAAAUGGUGAACUGUGACGUGUAAAUUGCUCGUUGGAUUAGGAGAAUUCACCUGACUUGAGUUCACCGAAAAAUAAUCAGAGGGACUGAAGAUUGAGAGAAGAUCCAGCCGUUGUCCGGUCCCAAUGAGUUUCUCACAAGGACGUAUUUACGCACUCACAAAGUCGUUCGUGUACCGGUGGGAAAGAUUGAAAUUUUAACGAGCCGCAUAGGAAGUGCACAGAGAGAUAGAGAGAGAGAGAGAGAGGAGAGAUAAAGAAUUUAUACAUAAAACGAGAAGCUGACCAGCCUGGUCAAACGCGCCUUGUGGUUUUGCGUUUUAACGGUAUUGAGAGUUAAAAUACUCAUUCGUUUUGUAUAACGUAAAGGCCUAAUCGAAUUCCAGAGAUGAUACGAGUUACAGUGUGGUUGUGGGUAAUCGCUGGGGCGUAUCUGUUUGACUACGCCUACGGUCAUGUUGCCCUCAAGUUCCCACGUGCAAGAAAAUAUGAUCUUGAUUUUUUGGAUAGCGCUAGAACACCAGGACCUUGUGGAAUGCCUAGAGGGGACAUCAAGACGAGUUUAUUAGCCGGAAGUAAAUUUAACGUAACCUGGCACCUGGCGUAUCCCCACCGAGGAGGAUUCAGAUUGCAGAUCCUUGACGCUCUCGAUAGGCCACUUAUCGACCUCACACCUGUGACACAGCUCAGUGAAUUUGUCGAAGAAGAUGCAACGGCACAGAGUUAUCCCGUUGAAUUACCACAGAAUUUCACCUGUACAGAUUGUACAGUGAGAUUGCUACGCGAGGCAGAGGAGUGGGGAUCGAGUUACAGGUUCUGGUCCUGUGCGGAUAUUGACAUACUGGAGAGAAAGACAUACAGAGAAGAUUGCAGCGGUCAUGGGAGAUAUCUUUUGGGUAGAUGCAGGUGUGACCGGUUUUAUCACGGGGCUAGGUGUGAAUUCAGAGAGGAUUGCCUAGACGAUUCAGACUGCGGUAAUCAGGGCACCUGUGUCGACAAUGGUGGUACAACAGCCCCAACAAAACACUGUUAUUGCAAUGUUGGAUGGUUUGGUCCGGGAUGUAGCAAACGAUCCCCAGUUAAAACAACGGAAAUUGAUCUCGACGGUUACACGAUGAAACGUUUUUCCGAUGACUUUGCAUUCUACUGGAGAAUUCUCAAGGACACGAGUGAAUUGGAAGGCGUUAUGGUAGUGAACGGCACCUCGUGGGUUGGCGUUGGUUGGAGACCAACGAGUUUGACCCCAGCCUGCCGCGCCUUCCCCGAGAUCCACAGUAAGAGUGAUAAUGCUGAGCCCCUGCCACGUCCCGAGCCAAAGUCCGAACCCACGAGUAGAUCCAAUGGUGCCAAGGCCAAUCAGCCUACAGCCGAACCCGAGCCGGAGGCAUCAUCCCCCAAGAAUGUACGUAAACAAACGGCUAAACUUCGAAAUCCAUCUGGGGAAGCAGAGAGUGAGCCCGAACCUAGUGCUGAGCCGUCGAGAUCAGGGGCUAAACGACGAUCGGCAAGACCCCAUGAUCUCGGGGUUACACCGAGAAUUGAUACUGACGUGACGGUACAAACGAGUGUUACUUAUCGCGUCAGCACAAAACAAGGCCGUAAGAGAAGGUCCCCCGAGUCAGCGAGUGCCGAGCCAACUGGAGAGCCUACGAGUGAACCAGAGCCUGAUAAAUUACAUCCUGAACCCACAUCCGAACCCAGUAGUGAGCCUUCGUCAGAACCAAAAUCCGAACCUACUAGUGAACCCAUCUCUAAAUACCAAUCCGAACCCAGUAGUGAACCCCCCGCUGAACCCAUAUCCAAGCCAAAAUCCGAACCUACUAGUGAACCUGCUUCCGAACCAAAGUCUGAGCCUACUAGCGAGCCCUCAUCCGAACCCAAAUCCGAACCUACUAGUGAACCCACCUCCGAGCCUUCUACUGAACCUGCUUCUGAACCUACUAGUGAACCCUCUCCAGAACCAAAAUCUGAGCCUACUAGUGAACCCACUUCCGAGCCAAAAUCCGAGCCCGAACCCUCAUCUGAACCUAAUGGGAAAUUAGACGUAAUAUCACAUCCCGAGCCCGCGGCCCCAUUGGAUACUGCGUCUAGCACCAAAUCGGGAUCAACCGAAGCUCCAGUGAGACCGGAGAUACACAAGUAUACUCCGAAGCACGAUUUCAACCCGAUGGAUUGUACAGACAUGGUGAUUGGUAUGGCUAGGGGUAAUACCCACAGGAUAGGUGACUAUUAUACUAGAGAUCGUUCAACCCCUCGACGUGACGAUUUUUGGGGUGGAAAGGAAAGUUUAACAGCCGCAAUGGGAUUUGAAAAGGACGGGGUAACGACUAUCGUAUUCAGACGAAAACUCAAUACCAAUGAGCUCAGUGACCACGAGAUUGUGGAUGGAGACAUGCAAGUUAUAUGGGCUAAGGGACAGGAGACGGGUAAAUAUAUUCAUCAGCCAGCCAGUGGUAUUGAAAAGAGCACAGUCAGCGUCAAAGACUUCUACAAAGCUGAUGAACUCAAGUAUCAUGGACACAGGAGUCAGAGAGGCGUUGCAGCCUUCAACUUUUUCGAUGAGAAGAACAAGCAAGAAUUUGGGGGACAUAAUUCACUCCUCGAGAGCGGAAAAUGCGGAGGUGAAUGGAGACAUCCAAGGAACUGUGCGGUUGAAAAUGCCACCUGCGAUUAUUACAUUCGUUGGAUCUACAGGGCGAAGAAGGACGAAAUGACUUUCACAAUUAUCACAAAGGAUACGGACAAGUGGACGGGUGUUGGUUUCUCGGAGGACGAUAAAAUGACUCAAACGGACGCAGUUUUGGGCUGGGUCGAUAGGACCAAUGGUCGUGCCUUUGUCAUGGACACGUGGAUAAGUGGCUAUAGCUUGCCCCUUUUGGAUCAAUCACAAGACAUCAUGAAUUCCAGCGGUAAACUCGAGAAUGGCAUGACAACUCUGACAUUCACCCGGAAACGAUCAACCAAGGACGCGAAUGACCUGUCAUUCACCGAUGAUCAUUGUCUGUACAUGAUGUUCCCUGUGAAGGGUGGUAUGUUCAAUCCGGUGAACAAAAAAAUUAGGAAACAUCUUGGCAUACCCAUUGUCUCGUCCGACAGAAUAUGCAUAAAGUCUUGUGGCAUUGAAGAUGAGGAAGAUAUGCCUUCUACACCAUCACCCUCGCGACUUUAUUACGAUGUUGAGGUAAAAUUGGUGAAUCUUGGCGCUGGAUUUCAACCACCACAGCCGGGUAGUCAAGAUUUUGAGGUAAUUUCAAACACAAUUUCCGACAAUUUCGGCCCCACUUUGACAAAAUUACCUGGAUAUUACGCAAUUAAACUCAACGAGUUGCAGAGAAAUGGUGAUGAUGGAGUUAUUGCAAAGAUGAAUCUGAUAUUGGAUAAAAAUGAGGCAAAGGGAAGAGCCUUGAGGCCGAGCGACACUGUUGCAGUCGCUGAGGGAGCCCUCAAAGAGGCACUCUUGACUGGUAGAGUUGGUUCACUCACGGUUGACCCUCAGUACUUGUUUGUCAGAGCUCCACUAUCUAAUGACCUGGCCGAUGAGUUAGAGGACGACAGCAUUAGAUCAAACGACUUGUUAAUGGGCGCUACAAAGCUAUAUGUUGUCAUUGGUUGUGUUGCUGCACUGGUUGCUGUAGCACUCCUUCAGGCAUCCUGCACUGUGUACAAAGCAACGAGGAAACGUACCACAAAGCAGGAGCGCUUAAUAGCUCACAAUGCUUGGAGGGAUUACUCGACAGGUGCCAAUACAAAUUUUGCCUUUGAGGCAUUUGAAACCGAGGAGAAAGCUCCACCACCGCCAGUAUCCAGUCUUCCAAGGCACAGGGACGUUACGGACGGUGUUAUACCGAGAUCAAGCAAUGGAAUGAGUACAAUGGAGAAUCAUCACAGAUUGAGCAGUCAUCAGCAGCUUUCAGCACCAAGAGCAACGUACAGUUUACCACGUGCCCCUGGCCCACGUCAGCCGCCCCCACCACCUCAACCAGGCUAUUAUACCCAGGAUCGUAGAAAUCAUCGACCCAAGAGUCACCAUGGCAAUGGUAUGUCAUCCCAGCAGACGUCUCAACAGCCAGAUUUUUAUUUCAUGCCGAGUCAGAGGAAAUACAGUGGUGAAGUGGUACGUGUCUACGUUGAUUAUGGUAAUCAGAAGCCCAAAUAAGAUUCCCCAAUGCGGAAGGAGUUGUCAGACUCUAGGUGAAACGACGCAAUACUGCUUUUGUAAAUAAUUGCGAGUUUUUUUUUAUCAUUGUUAUCUGAGUGACGUUUUCUAGUGAUAAUUCCUUCGGUAUUUAGAGAGAAAAAUAUGGCGUUAAACGAUAAAUACACUGUUAGAAAUUCUCCUCUGUUGAUAAUAUUUGACCUUUUUUCGUUUGAGUUAUAAAAUUUUUUCCUCACGAAUUUCUAACAGUGCGAGUGGUGCUGAAAUGCCCGGAGUGAAGUAGUCACUGGCGAAGUGUCUCAUUUUUUUUGUAUAUAAAAGAAAGAAUAUAGCGGACGAGACCUCAUCAAAAACGCGCGUCACGUGCCCCAGACACGACGUAUUGGACUAGGGGGAGAAAAAAAAUCCAUCUGUUUUCAUGUAGACGAGGGAGAAUACUUUGAAUCAUGUGAACAAAAAUAAAAAUAUCAAUGGAAAAUAACCCUGCGCUCUCGACCAAAGAGACUUAUGUAUUAAUAUUUACAGAAUGAUGAUAAGCGCAGGUGACAGUAAAUCAUAUUUUCUCUCGUUAUAAAAAACUUGGGCAUGUGACUUUAGCGAUAAUGUUAUUGCUCCGACGUCCCAAACCAAGUACCUACAUUAUACUCUAAGAGAUAAUUGCAAAGUGCUAUUUAUGUAAGUUACCCCUAACGUACUAUAUUAUCUGUAGAUAAAGAAAGAAAAUUGAAUGAAAUUUUUCAUUGCAAGAUGGAAAUUUCGAGUUGUAACUCGUGUCAUUUACUCCACGUGCAAUAAAAACGUUUGUACAUUCUUUUUUUUUAA